UGGAGCGGGGCAUUGUGGGGUGUUGGAGGACCCGGGGAUUGUGGGACGCUGGAGGACCCGGGCAGUGUCUGGCGGGUGGGAGGCCGCUGACGGGAAUGGCUGUGACAGACACCACAACAUGGCGCAGGUAGAGAAGAAAGUGGGGCUUCUCCGCAAAGCCUCCUCCAGCCGAAAGCCUCUGAAGGAGAAAGUGGUGUUAAUGUACGAUGAGAUCUUCAAGAAUGAAGACCCGGCCAAGAACAACCCCCGCUUCUGGGAAGAGCUCUUCCUGAUGAAGGUAAACCUACAGUACCUGGAGACCAGGUUAGAGACACUGGAUGGGGAGGAGUUGAUGAAGCUGAAAGAGAAUAUAAACAGACUGUUCCAGCACUGCAUCACCGCCCUGGGCGAGGAGCACCAGAUCACAGUGGUCAACGCCCUGCAGACACUCUGUGCACUGAUCCGGGGGGUGCAUCAGAAGAAUAAGCCGACAUCCGGCUUCGACAUCAUCAACCUACUGAUGGGGUUCGACAAGGCGGAGCUCAGGAUGAAAAACCUGAUGGAAAGUCUGGACGCUCUGCUCUGCGGUGAUGGCUCUGACAGUCUGAAGAGUCUAUGUCUGAAGCUGCUGCUCUGCCUUGUGACGGUUACUGACAACAUCAGCCAGAACACCAUUCUGGAGUAUGUGAUGAUCAACAGUAUUUUUGAGGCGAUUCUUCAGGUAUUGUCGGUGACAUGUAGUCGGGUGCGGCACGGUUACCAUUCUGUGGUGCUGCUGGCUCUGCUGGUCAAUUACAGGAAGUACGAGUCUGUGAAUCCCUACAUCGUCAAGCUGUCCAUCGUGGAUGAUGAGAACACACUGAACGGGAUGGGGCUCGUCAUCUCCCAGGCCCUGGCCCAAUACAACAGACAAUACAAGGACAAGGAGGAGGAGAUUCAGGGCGGCUUCUUCUCUGCUAUCAGCAGCAUGAUGGGCAGUAUGUUUAUUGCGGACGCCGAGGAGAAGAUUUCUGUGCAAACCAAUGAGGCCAUCUUACUGGCUCUGUACGAGGCUGUCCAUCUCAACAGAAACUUCAUCACCGUGUUAGCACAGAGUCACCCAGAGAUUGGACUCAGCACACCCAUUACCCCAGUCACCCCGACAACACCCAGCACACCGCUAGGUACCACACCUCCCAGCUCAGACGUAAUGAACACUUCCGAGCUCCUGUUAGACCCGAACGUGCAGACGGGAAACCUCCUGAUCACCUUCCUCAAGUACUGCUCCAUCGUCAUGCAGGACACCAAAGAUGAACACCGGCUGAACAGUGCUCGGCUCUGUCUGAUUAUCCUGACGUGUAUUGCUGAGGAUCAGUACGCUAACACGUUCCUUCAUGACGAUAACAUGAAUUUCCGUGUUAACCUGCACAGGAUGCCCAUGAGACAUCGCAAAAAAAGUGCAGACAAGAGCAUCCCCUCACGGCCUCUGGUGUGCGCAGUGCUCGAUCUCAUGGUGGAGUUCAUGGUCACGCACAUGAUGAAGGAGUUCCCCAUGGACCUCUACGUACGUUGUGUUCAGAUUGUCCACAAACUGAUCUGUUAUCAGAAGAAAUGCCGAGUGCGGCUGCACUACACCUGGCGAGAGCUCUGGUCAGCUCUCAUUAACCUGCUUAAGUUCCUGAUGUCCAAUGAGACUGUGCUGCUGGGAAAGUACAACAUCUUCACGCUGGCUCUGAUGGUUGUGAAUUUAUUUAACGUCUUCAUCACGUACGGGGACACGUUCCUGCCGACUCCGUGCAGCUACGAUGAACUUUACUACGAGAUUGUUCGCAUGCACCAGGUCUUUGACAACCUGUACUCUAUGGUGUUAAGGCUGUCGACAAACAGUGGACAGUGGAAGGAACCGGCGAGUAAAGUGACACACGCGCUCAUCAACAUCAGAGCCAUUGUCAACCAUUUUAACCCAAAGAUUGAGUCUUACGCUAUGGUCAACCACAUCUCUCAGCUCUCAGAGGAUCAGGUGCUGGAGGUGGUGCGUUCUAACUACGACACACUGACCCUGAAACUCCAGGACGGCCUGGAUCAGUACGAGCGAUACUCAGAGCAGCCCAGGGAGGCCGCCUUCUUCAAGGAACUGGUCCGGUCAAUCAGCCUGAACGUGAGGAAGAACCUGGCAGUGAGCACGCUGACCCAGGAGCUCUUACUGAAGGAAUUUUCUACCAUCUCCUGAAGCUCUCGCUGAGGACCCCACCGUCCUUUCCCACCUAGUGUGAUUCCUCCCCACUGCUCCCCGGGGAAGACUUGGCAUCGGGUGGGAAGUCGUUCUCUCUCUGACUGUCCUGUGAUGAAGUGCUGAGGAACCUCCACACCACUCACUGCUUCACACACAGUGUGGGAGGGGCAGCGAUUGUGGGGGCGAUGUUGAGAUGCUGAGCCGGUGAUUGGUAUUGGGUAUAGUGUAAGCAGUGUGAGGGGUGGGUGGUGGCCUGGGGGGAGGGCUGAUACAUGGAGGCAGGGGGGUCACUGUGUGGGGGGGCGUCACAGUGUGUUGGGGAUCACUGUGUGUGGGGGGGCCACUG